AUGUCCCGACGUCGUCCUGGUGCCGAAUCCACAUGCAUGUGUGCAUUCAAAGCACUUGAGUCCUCAUCCCGCACAAGGCAUCUCGAGGAACAUGGCACCUCGAAAUUCGGAAUGUUACUUAUGAUUUUGGCACGUCUGGCCAUGCCAACAUACCCCGAUGAGUACCACUCUCGCCGAGUCACUGUCGGAGCAACCCAGCUCUUCCCCCCCACAGACACACUGGUCGGUACACUUGGGGUCGUCACACCCAUGCGUCUGUCGACAGAAUCGCAUCGCACAAAGGAUAGACAGAACCUCCUCCACAAACUGUUUCCGGUUCCUGGUCCCGAAUGUUUCGGCAGACGUACCCUCGGCUUUUUGAUAUGA